UUUUGCUGAUAUUAUAAACUUUGAAUCUAAAGACAAUGACGUCGCAAUUGAAAGGCGAAGAUCCCUUAUUUCACUGAUUUUACAAUUGCUUCUCGCACUCCUGAUUCUGCUACUACCGUAUAACGUUCACUCUCGGUUAGGGUUUCUUCUCCCGCCAAUUUUCCCAUCCAUUUCAAUUCCCAAAUCCUAACUAACCCUAGGGUUUACAGUUUCACAGUUUCACUCUGAACGCAACCAUGCCGUCGCUCCUCUCUCCGGGGAGAAUCCACUGUCUGGAGGUGGAGAAUUUCAAGUCCUACAAGGGCUUCCAAAUGAUCGGCCCCUUCUACGACUUCACCGCCAUCAUCGGCCCCAACGGCGCCGGUAAGUCCAACCUCAUGGACGCCAUCAGCUUCGUCCUCGGCGUCCGCACCGGCCAGCUCCGCGGUGCGCAGCUCAAGGACCUCAUCUAUGCCUUCGACGACCGCGAGAAAGACCAGAAGGGUCGCCGAGCCUUCGUCCGCCUUGUCUACCACCUCGCCAACUCCACUGAGAUUCGAUUCACCCGCACCAUCACUGGCGCCGGCUCCAGCGAGUACCGCAUCGACGACACCCUCGUCAAUUGGGACACCUACAACAACAGACUCAAGUCCCUCGGCAUCCUCAUCAAAGCUCGCAAUUUCUUGGUCUUUCAGGGUGAUGUUGAGUCCAUUGCGUCGAAGAAUCCCAAAGAGCUCACUGCACUGGUGGAGCAGAUAUCUGGCUCUGACGAGUGCAAGAGGGACUAUGAGCUGUUUGAAGAGGAAAAAGGCGCUGCUGAAGAAAAAUCAGCACUUGUUUAUCAAAAGAAGAAGACUGUUGUUAUGGAAAGAAAGCAGAAGAAAGAACAGAAGGAAGAAGCAGAGAAGCAUCUCCGCCUCCAACAAGAACUGAAAUCUAUGAAGAGAGAGCAUUUCUUGUGGCAGUUGUUUAAUAUACAUAAUGAUUAUGUUAAAACAAUUAAGGAUCUUGAAGAUGAGGAGAGAAGUCGUGAAGGUGUUGUUAAAGAGCUGGAAAAUUUUGAAAAUGAAGCUAGUAAAAGAAAAGAGCAGGCCAAAUAUCUCAAAGAGAUUACGCUGCGGGAAAAGAGAAUUAAUGAGAAAAACAGCAGACUCGAUAAGAGUCAGCCUGAGCUUCUGAAGUUAAAGGAGGAAAUGACCCGUAUUACUUCAAAAAUUAAAAAAGGGAAGAAAGAACUUGAUAAAAAAAAGGUUGAACGGACGAAGCAUGAUGCUGAUAUUGCAUUACUACAGAAUGGCAUCCAGGAUCUUACAGCUAAAAUGGCAGACCUUCAGGAAAAGGGACGGGAUGUUGAUGAUGAGCUUGAUUUGCAAGGCAAUGAUUUGGAUGAGUAUUUUCGAAUUAAAGAGGAGGCUGGGAUGAAAACUGCAAAGCUUAGAGAAGAAAAGGAGCUUCUAGAUAGGAAACUAAAUGCUGAUACCGAAGCUCAAAAGAAUUUGGAAGAAAAUCUUCAACAGUUAAGAAACAGGGAGUCUGAACUGAACUCACAGGAAGAACAGAUGCGAGCAAGGCUUGAAAAGAUUCUUGAUAAUUCUGCAAAAAAUAAAACUGGCCUUGAGAACUUGAAAAAGGAACUACGUGCGAUGCAGGACAAACAUCGUGAUUCCAAGAAAAAAUAUGAAAAUUUGAGGUUAAAAAUCGGUGAAGUAGAAAAUCAACUUCGUGAAUUGAGGGCUGAUAGAUAUGAAAGUGAGAGAGAUGUUAGGUUGUCUCAGGCUGUUGAAACUCUGAAGCGCCUGUUUCAAGGAGUUCAUGGUCGCAUGACUGAUCUUUGUAGGCCAACACAGAAGAAGUAUAACCUUGCUGUUACUGUUGCAAUGGGUAAAUUUAUGGAUGCAGUUGUAGUUGACAAGGAGUCAACUGGGAAGGAAUGCAUCAAGUAUUUAAAAGAUCAGAGGCUUCCUCCCCAGACAUUUAUUCCUCUGGAAUCAGUUCGGGUGAAGCCAAUAAUGGAAAGAUUGCGCACAUUAGGGGGUACAGCAAAACUGGUCUUUGAUGUGAUUCAGUUUGAUCCCUCCUUGGAGAAGGCAAUUCUCUUUGCUGUUGGGAACACUCUUGUUUGUGAUGAUCUUGAAGAGGCCAAAAUUUUAAGCUGGAGUGGGGAGAGGUUUAAAGUUGUAACUGUGGAUGGAAUUCUGCUCACAAAAUCCGGCACAAUGACUGGAGGCACUAGUGGUGGAAUGGAAGCAAGGUCAAAACAGUGGGAUGACAAGAAAAUUGAAGGACUUAAUAAAAAGAAAGAGCAGUAUGAAGCAGAGUUGGAAUCGCUAGGAUCAAUAAGGGAUAUGCACCUUAAAGAGUCUGAAGCAUCUGGAAAAAUUAGUGGACUUGAGAAAAAGAUUCAAUAUGCCGAAAUUGAGAAGCGAAGCAUUGAAGAUAAACUUUCAAAUCUGAGCCACGAAAAGAAGACAAUCAAAGAAAGAAUUGAAUGUAUCAGUCCAGAGCUGAAGAAGUUAAAUGAUGCUGUUAACAAGAACAAUGCAGAAAUACGCAAGCUUGAGAGGAGAAUAAAUGAAAUUACUGAUAGGAUAUACAGAGACUUCAGCAAGUCAGUUGGGGUAGCAAACAUCCGUGAAUAUGAAGAAAACAGACUCAAGGCUGCUCAAAAUAUAGCGGAGGAGAGGCUGAACUUGAGUAGCCAACUUUCAAAAUUAAAAUAUCAGUUGGAGUAUGAACAAAAUCGGGACAUGAGUUCGCGAAUUCUAGAACUGGAAGCUUCUAUAAGUGCUUUAGAGAAAGAUUUAAAACGUGUACAGGACAGAGAGGCUGCAGCGAAGUUAGCAGCUGAGAAGUCUACUGAAGAGGUUAAUCAGUUAAAGGAAGAAGUUAAAGAGUGGAAAUCCAAGUCAGAAGAAUGUGAGAAGGAAAUCCAAGAGUGGAAGAAGAAAGCUUCUGCAGCCACAACAAACAUAUCCAAACUUAAUCGGCUGAUACAUUCUAAGGAGGCACAGAUCGAUCAGUUGAAUGUGCAAAAGCAGGAAAUAUUAGAAAAGUGUGAACUCGAACAGAUUAACCUCCCUAUCAUACCAGAUCCCAUGGAUACUGAUAACUCAGUACCAGGUCCACAUUUUGAUUUUGAUCAACUAAGUAGGUCACUGAAAGAUAAGAGGCACUCAGACAGGGAUAAAAUUGAGGUGGACUUUAAGCAAAAAAUUGAUGCCUUGGUAUCUGAGAUUGAAAGAACAGCACCAAAUUUGAAGGCAUUGGACCAAUAUGAGGCUCUUUUGGAAAAGGAAAGAGCUGUAACUGAGGAGUUUGAAGCUGUCAGGAAAGAGGAGAGGGAAAAAACACAAAGAUUUAAUGAGGUUAAGCAGAGAAGGUACCAAUUGUUCAUGGAUGCUUUUAACCAUAUAUCUGGCAAUAUAGAUAAAAUUUACAAACAACUUACAAAGAGCAAUACACAUCCACUGGGGGGAACAGCAUAUCUAAACUUGGAAAAUGACGAUGAUCCAUUUCUUCAUGGCAUUAAGUACACUGCUAUGCCCCCAACGAAGCGUUUCCGUGAUAUGGAGCAACUAUCUGGUGGGGAAAAGACAGUUGCAGCACUAGCAUUGUUAUUCUCCAUCCACAGUUACAAGCCUUCACCAUUUUUUAUAUUGGACGAAGUUGAUGCUGCGUUGGACAACUUGAAUGUUGCCAAGGUUGCUGGCUUUAUUCGUUCAAAAUCAUGCGAAGGGGCAAGGACUAACCAGGAUGCUGAUGGUGGAAGUGGUUUUCAGAGUAUUGUGAUAUCACUGAAAGACACUUUUUAUGACAAAGCUGAAGCGCUAGUUGGUGUUUACAGAGAUUCUGAAAGAGGCUGUUCGAGAACCCUCACAUUUGAUCUGACCAAAUACCGGGAGUCCUAAUAUUCUUCCAUACCGGGGUAUUUUUAUUUGUUGUGUGAAGAUGGACAAACUCAUUUGUGUAUCUGCUUUGGGUUCUUUUUUAAAAUUAUUGUAAAUAGGAUUUCAUCACUUUCUAUGUAGAAUACAGUAGCUAGAUGUCCUAACAAUCCUUGAAUUAUUUUUUAUUCAUUAGGCUCUUUUUUGUAACUUGUCUUUAGCUUUCUUAUGUAUCAUGUGUACAGUCCUCGUAAAACUCAAAUGACCUUUAGAACUGAAGCAUCAUCAUUAACAAAAUGAAAGAAGAGGUCAAGUUUGAGAGGUAA